CGCCCCUUCACCCUCCAGCCCCGGUCUCCAGCAGCCAAGAUGGCGGCUCCCUGUGUGUUCUGGGGCGCAGCGGUUUCCCACCGGCUCUUUCUCGGAGGUAGGAUUAGCCUUGCCCUCAGACAGGGCGUCUGGAAAGCCGCGGCUGCUGAGUUGCAGAUACUAAGGCUAAGACACACCACAGGUGUAACAGCAAAGAAAAAUGUUGCAGCCUUAAGACGUGAAACUUACACAGUGGAUUUUAUUAAAAAGCAGAUUGAAGAGUUCAACAUAGGAAAGAGACAUUUAGCCAACAUGAUGGGAGAAGAUCCAGAAACUUUUACGCAAGAGGAUAUUGAUAGAGCUAUUGCUUACCUUUUUCCAAGUGGUUUGUUUGAGAAGCAAGCCAGGCCAAUAAUGAAGCAUCCUGAACAGAUUUUUCCAAAACAGAGAGCAAUCCAGUGGGGAGAAGAUGGCCGUCCAUUUCAUUUUCUCUUCUAUACUGGCAAACAGUCGUAUUAUUCACUAAUGCACGAAGCAUAUGGAAAGCUACUAGAUGUAGAAAAACGUCAGAAUCAGUUGCAAGCCAAAGGUCUAUUUUCAGAAAAAACUAAAACCAAAGACCUGAUUGGCAGCAGAUGGCUGAUUAAGGAGGAACUAGAAGAAAUGUUAGUGGAAAAACUGUCAGAUCAAGAUUAUGCACAGUUCAUUCGGCUGCUAGAAAGGUUAUUGACAGUGGAGUGCAGUGCCGAAGAAGAAGAGUUUGUGCAGAGGUUUCGUAGGAGUGUAACUGUUCAAUCGAGAAAACAGCUGAUUGAACCCUUGCAGUAUGACGGGCAAGGAAUGGCCUUCAGCACAAGCGAAGGUAAAAGAAAGAGUGCAAAAGCAGAAGCCGUUGUUUAUGAGCAUGGAAGUGGAAGAAUAAAAGUAAAUGGAAUCGAUUAUCUGCUUUACUUCCCAGUGACACAAGACAGAGAACAGCUGAUGUUCCCUUUCCACUUCCUGGACCGGCUUGGAAAACACGAUGUGACCUGCACCGUGUCAGGUGGUGGGCGGUCUUCGCAGGCGGGAGCCAUACGCUUGGCGAUGGCCAAAGCCUUGUGCAGUUUUGUCACCGAGGAAGAGGUCGAGUGGAUGAGACAAGCUGGACUGCUGACUGCCGAUCCACGGGUCAGAGAACGGAAGAAGCCAGGCCAGGAGGGAGCCCGCAGAAAGUUUACCUGGAAGAAGCGCUAAGUGUUCUUUCACAGGAGAGGAGAGGAAACGCUGUGUAUAUGUGCCCGGCAUGCGGCAGACAUAUGAUAAAUAUUUGCCGGCCAGUGUGAGGGCAGCACUAUCGGGCGUUUGAGCUGUGAGACGGUUUAUUUUUAAAUGCUACUUCGUAAAGGUUACCCUGUAAAUACAAUUUUUAAAACAUGUUUAGCUUCAUUCUGCUGCUUUAUUUUUUAAACUUUUUCAGAAGGUAGUUUUAGAAGCAUGAUUCACAGAAUUUUGGCAUAUUAGAUCCGAAAGGAACAUUCAACAAAAUCUAGUCAAGUAACCUCAUUCUGCAGACGAGAGGGCCCGGCCUCCAAAAUGAAGGGACCCGCCAGCGCUACACUGCUCACGGAACAAGAGAGGUGGACCAGAACUCGCUUCUCCUGCUGCCGUGGUUUUCCCGUACGGCGGCUGUUAUCCCAUAUUUUUCAAACUGAGAGGUGAGGAUGCUUGUUCAGAAGAAUGAAGUAAGCUGUGAGCGUCUUUGUCAGGAGCCGGAGAGGGCUGGGCUGCCAGGCGUCAGAGGAGUGGCUUCAGACAACAGGCCAGUCUCCCGCCGGCCCCUGGCAGCCACCAUCCUCCUGUUUCUAUGGGUUCAACUUCGUAAAGAUGCUACAUAGAAGCGACACCGCGUGCUGUUGGUCUUCGUCCAGCUUCUUGCCCCGAGCGUAACGCUCUCCACAUCGGGUACACGCUUUCAGCUACAAGGCGAAUUAGUUCUGAGGAUCUAACAUGGUGAUGAUGAGACUGUACUGUUACAAUGGAAGUUUGCUUAGAGAGUAGAGCAGAAGCACUCUCACCAAAAAAGGUGGGGCCGGUGGGGGGGCGGUGUAACUCUGCAAGGUGAUGGUUGGGUUCAUUAACUUGAUGGUAGGAACCCUUUCACAAUCUGUGUAUAUGUGCACUAGCCACCCCCCCCCCCCCCGGGCAUUUGUUCCAAGACGCCCAGUGGAUGCCUGAAAGCACAGAUGGUACCAAACCCUGUACAUACCGGGGCUUUAUCCUGCACAUAAAUAUCAUGAUAAAGUCUAGUUGAUGAGUUAGGCAUAGCAAGAGAUUAACAGUAAUAAAAUAGAACAAUUACAAUGUGCUGUGAUAAGA